CAUAUAUGUCUUAAUGCCAGCGGUUACGGAAUGUCAACUCUCAGCUGAAGAGCAUGUGUAGGUUCUGAUUGGUUCAUGCCAUAUGGUUACCGCUGGUGAUGAUACAACAGAAACUUUGAAUUGAUCGAACCUUUGCAAACGAAUUGUAUUAGAAUCAUCUGAGAAUCUGGUUUUGUGUAUUAGCGUAUUCGUAUCGGCAAUCAAUCGAGCGGUUAGAACAAAGUAUGUGAGAGGCUUGGAGGAGCCCCAUGUCCCCUCCAACAGUUACCCUUGCUGCGUUUAUUCAGUGUCAACGGUUGCUUGGGCAAUGCGCCAGCAACGAUAUAACCCACCACGACCCUAUCACCAGACGUCUCGAGAAGCAACCCUACCAACACCGCAUCAAAUCGACUCAAUUCAACUCCACAUGUAUCCUCCACCAAAAACCGCAGCCUUCUGAGGUCCGUCCAUCUGCCGCUGCCAGACUGCCUUUGCAAAUCACCACUUCGAACACUUGGAUCAACUCCUUGCACAAGGUGCACAACCAUAGUGCAGUCGCUUCGACACCUGGAAUAGUGCCACGACUGUUGUGCUACUACUGCUCUACACCUCGUAUCAACUCUAUCAAGCACUGCUAUCCAGCAUCCGUUGCCCACCAUGCGAUACAACCUUAUCCAGAUGAUCCUGCGCAGCGUCGCUCUGCUCAUGACGCUCCUCCUAACGGCUCUCAUCGGCAACGUCAUGGCGUCAAAUAUUGACGCCGCAGGCUCUGCAACGGCUGCCGUCAACUUUAUCAUGUUUAUCGCAAUUGUCUGCUGGGUCGUUUGCAUCGUCGGCCUUCUCGCUUUCUUUGUCUCAGCUCUCGACAAACCACUUAUGCAGCUACCAUUGGAUGGCAUAGCUGUUCUUUUCACGUUCAUCGGUGCUAUUGUUCUUGCAGCAAAGCUGCGUGUCGUCAACUGCGGAGAUAUUAACCCCAAAGCUCUGCCUGGAGACUGGAUCGCCUGGGGCUCAGCGAGUGAUGAGGGACGGUGCCGUCGACUACAAGCAAGCACUGUCUUCAUAUGGUUCCUGUUCGCCUGCGUGUCUGGAAGUCUCUUUUUGACCAUCAGAACUGCACGCAAUCAGUACGGCUCGCUUCGCAGUGCCGCUUCACGGCCAUCAAUGUCUCAGAUUUCUUCAAGCGUCUGAUGAGCCGUAAGCACAUCAGAGAACCAUAAUAUAACGGCUCAGCUGCGUAAAGGGGUCCCUGUCAUGGUCACGUUGGCUGUUUGCUCUAGUACCAUCAGCGCAAGCGUCAUGACCACAAACUCUGUGGAACACUGUGUAUGUGUUUCCUUUAGCCCCGUUACACCAAAACCGCCCGAGGGCAUCACCGACUCUAGAGUACCGGCAUCAAGUUGCAUUAGGACAUAGAAAGCGUUCAACAUUAAGGAUUAUUAUACCAGGAUUGUUAGAUGUAUUAGUCAUUUGGAAGGGGAGUCGGGAUGGGGUAGUUCAUUCAGAACAGGUGUUGGAUGAAGGGUAAUGAUCAUGCAGUGAAUGAAACUUUAAUAUAAGGACGGUUUUGGUUUUCAAGAUUUCACUGGAUAUCCGGUUGUUAGUACUAGAGUGUCUGUUGGUUGACGAGAGGAACAAAACAAGGGUAUUUGGAAUCAUAUAUUAUUAAAAGAAAGAAAACAUAUGCAUAUUUAUACCCCAACACCGUAUGAAAGCCAUGCAUAUUACUCAG